UCGUUUCUGAAUAACUACUGAUCGAUCUGCGAUGAUCAUUUUUGUGGAUUUCUUUUGAGUUUCUGGAAAUUUUAUGAUCUGGGUAUGAGGAAAUCUUUUGUUUUCUGAAAAGAAUCAUGGCUGAUCAUUGAUGGGCAUGGUUAAAUUUGUAAACCCUGUUCUGGGUCAUUCACUAAUUGAUAUAAUUUUUUGGUCAUGUUGGUAUCUCUGACUUUUGCUCCUUAAUGAGUUUGCGUGAAUAGGUGUUCUUCCUCUCUUAUGGUAAAUCCUUUCCUUUUUGGGUCUCUUUGGUGUUCGAAUAUCCAUUCAUCAACGAUUGGUAUUCUUCCUAACAAAGCUUUGCCUUCUUCUCCAACCCAAUUUUUGUGAUCAUCGUCUUCCUUCUUUUGUUUUGUUCAUAGUUUCCUGCUAUCCCUUCUGCUUCUCUUUGUCUUGCCUUUGUUUUUGCUGUUCUUGAGCUCAAGUUGUACUGAUCGAGUGGCUUGUUCUUAACAUGUUUGGUUGGAAUUGAAGAGUGAAGGUUUGUUGAAUAAUCUGGUUAAACUAGCGAUUUAGUCUCGUCUUCGAUCGAGUUUGGGCACUGCAAAGCCUUAGGCAGUGCCCAUGGAUGCCACGACGAGCGAAACAGCGGCUAUACAAUUCCAUAGCAUUCCUGAUCAGUCAGUUUCUACAAUUGUCACAAAUGCAACAUCGACAUUGUCGAAACGACGUUGCUUUGGGGAAUCCGACCCAGGCGAAUUCCCCUUAGCUGCCAAUCCCUCCAUUGUUCUUCAUGUCCUGACAGCAUGUAACUUGGAUCCUCAAGACCUUGCAAAGUUAGAGGUGACGUGUUCGUUUUUUAGACAGCCUGCGAAAUUUGCUCCUGACUAUGAAUUAUCGAUUUCGGAACUCGCUGCAUUAGAUAUGUGCCAAAAGAGAGCCAUAUUCAAACCUAUGACAGAAGAACAGCAUCAAGCAUUGAAGCAAAGAUGUGGUGGCUCAUGGAAACUGGUAUUAAGGUUUUUAGUGGCUGGAGAAGCAUGUUGCAGAAGGGAAAAAUCCCUGGCAAUCGCAGGACCCGGUCACAGCAUUGCGGUCACGUCGAAAGGAGCUGUUUACUCCUUUGGAUCUAACAGCUCUGGUCAGCUUGGACAUGGUACCACCGAAGAGGAAUCACGGCCUCGCCUUCUCAGAUCCCUGCAAGGAAUUCGAAUAACUCAGGCAGCAGUAGGGGCUGGAAGGACAAUGUUAAUCAGCGACGCGGGGCGUGUUUAUGCAUUUGGCAAGGAUUCAUUCGGUGAAGCUGAGCAUGGAGCUCAAGGAGAUCAAAUUGUUACAACGCCGAAGUUGGUCGAAUCACUGAAGGAUAUAUUUGUGGUGCAAGCUGCAAUUGGAAACUUCUUCACUGCAGUAUUAUCAAGAGAAGGUAGAGUGUAUACAUUUUCUUGGGGGAGUGACGGUAGGCUCGGUCAUCAUACUGAACCGAACGACUUGGAACCACGGCCCCUGAUGGGAGCGUUAGAAAACACUCCAGUUGUUCAAAUUGCUGCUGGAUAUUGCUACCUUCUUGCUCUAGCUUGUCAUCCUAAUGGAAUGUCGGUAUACUCAGUUGGUUGUGGACUGGGCGGGAAGCUCGGUCAUGGUUCAAGGACCGAUGAGAAACACCCACGUCUCAUUGAACAAUUCCAGCUUCUGAAUUUCCAGCCAGUUGUGGUUGCUGCUGGUGCUUGGCACGCAGCUGUUGUAGGUCGCGACGGUCGAGUUUGUACGUGGGGUUGGGGCCGAUAUGGAUGCCUGGGUCAUGGAAAUGAGGAGUGUGAAUCUUCCCCUAAGGUAGUGGAAGCAUUAAGCAAUGUUAAAGCAGUUCAUGUUGCUACAGGUGAUUAUACAACGUUCGUCGUAUCAGACGAUGGCGAUGUGUAUUCUUUCGGUUGUGGAGAAUCUGCUAGUCUCGGACAUAACAUCGAUGUCCCCGGGGGGCAGGGGAAUCGGCAACCGCGCAUCCUAAGCCCGGAACUAGUAAGGUCUUUGAAGCAAAUUAGCGAGCGGGUCGUUCAGAUUAGCCUCACUAAUUCAAUUUACUGGAAUGCACACACAUUUGCGCUUACCGAAUCAGGGAAGUUGUAUGCAUUUGGUGCUGGAGACAAAGGGCAGCUCGGGGUCGAACUUAUGGGGAAUCAAACCGAAAGGGGAAAUCCAGAGCGGGUUGAGAUCGAUCUAAAUUAACCAAAAAGAAAGAAGUGAGUAGUAAGUUUGUGUGGGGAAACACAACUCCAUUGAUGUCAAAAGUAUGGUGUAAUGUUAUAGGCAUUGCAUUGCAUUUUAAUCACUAGAUUUGGCGUAUGAAAUUAUUAAUUUGUAAAUAGGGGUCCCAAAAAGGACGUGGAGAAUGGUUUUUAUGGUGGCUGUUGAUAUUUGGAUGGGAAAUGGAUGGGUCUGCUUGUUCUUUCGCAGGUUUUAAGCA